AUGAUCAAUCUUAAGAUCAUCAUCUUCAUUUCCCUUCUCUCCUCCAUUACGUCUCUCUAUGAAAUUUCAACUGUCUCAGCUGGCUUCUCUCUGGUGUUAGUCGUUGACGUGAAGGGCUCGGGAAGUUUCAUUACUGUCCAGGAAGCUGUAAACUCUGUCCCUGAUUUAAGCAAGUCCAAGAUCCUCAUCCAUGUCAAAGCUGGUGUCUACAGAGAAAAGGUUAUCAUUAGUGAAAGGGAAAGGAACAUUGUACUGCAAGGAACUGGUUUUGAGAGCACUAUUAUUGAAUGGAAUGACACCGCUAAUUCUUCAGGAAGCACUGCCAAUAGCUACUCGUUUGCUAUAUUUUCAACUAACUUUGUGGCUUACAACAUUAGCUUUAAGAACUACGCACCGGAACCUGAUCCAGGUAUGAUAGGUGCUCAGGCGGUUGCUUUGCGGAUUGAUGGGGACCAAGCCGCCUUUUACGGUUGUGGCUUCUACGGUGCACAAGAUACACUCUUAGAUAACCGAGGACGCCAUUUCUUUAAACAUUGUUUUAUUCAAGGAUCCAUAUAUAUCAUCUUUGGUAAUGGAAGAUCAAUCUACCAGGACUGUAUUAUUCACUCGAUAGCAAAAGAGAGUGCAUCGGGAAUGAGCGGAUGUAUCACAGCUCAUGGAAAGGAAUUGGAAGAUGAGAAGACAGGCUUUUCUUUUGUCAAUUGUAGGAUAGACGGAACCGGGAAGGUGUGGCUUGGACGUGCAUGGAGACCUUAUGCGCGUGUUGUUUUCUCCAAGACCUACAUGUCUCAAGUUGUGUCGAAUGAAGGAUGGAAUGACAUGAAAGAUCACAAGACGCAAAAGACGGUUUACUUCGGAGAACAUCGGUGCUACGGACCGGGAGCCAAUCAUAGUGGAAGAGUUCCCUAUGGGAAGCAACUCACCGAUGUGGAAGCGGCUCCUUUCACCAACAUCUCCUUCAUCGAUGGUGAGGAGUGGCUUUAG